UUCUAUUUCAACGACCCUAUUUUACGCGGUCCAAAUCAUUCCCAAUAUAAGCGCCUCUCUCUCCUUUAGGGUUUCAACAUUCUCACCACCACCAUAUCCUCUUUAUACUCUCUCUCUCUCUAAAAUUGAUUUCUGGGUUUGCCUUGUUCGUCUCCAUCCCCUCCAAAUCUCUGUGGGUUUUACUUGAAACCUAAUGUGUGUUUGUUGAUUUGUCACAAAAAUAUACGAAACCAUUUGGUCAUUUGUGUUCUAGUGUUAUUACUGUUUUCAAUUGGGUCUCUUCAUUUUCAGCGAUUUUGGGAUCCAAUUGUGUUAUUCUCUCCUGGUUGAGUUUUGAUUUUGAUGAUUGUGUGAGAAAUUUACAAUCUUUUGAGGCGAUUUUUUGUUCGUGUGAGAAAUGCCAUUAACAGAUUAUCAAGGGCCAUCAGCUUCUUUGACUAAUUUUGGCCGUUCGAUCCUGAGUAUUCGUCGUGAUCAAGUUCAUUCCAUGGAGAAUACCCGAGAACCCACGGCCCAGGAGGUCGAGCUCGAUGCUUUCCAGAGGCUUGUCGCCGACCGGUUUCACGAUUUAUCGGCGGUGGGCUCCAACGAGCUUCUCUCUCUAUCCUGGGUUCGGAAACUCCUCGAUGUCUUCCUCUGUUGCCAGGAAGAAUUUAGGGUUUUGUUGCUGAACAACAAAGGGUACAUGGUCAGAGCUCCAAUGGACAGAUUGAUUUCGGAGUUCUUCGAGAGGAGUGUGAAGGCUCUCGAUGUGUGUAAUGCGAUUCGAGACGGGAUUGAGCAGAUCAGGCAGUGGCAGAAGCAGUUGGAGAUUGUGUUGUGUGCAUUGGACAAUCAGAGGAGUCUCGGAGAGGGCCAAUUUCGUCGAGCCAAGAAGGCAUUGAUUGAUUUGGCAAUUGGGAUGCUUGAUGAGAAGGAGUCAAACACAGCUAUUUCGCAUAGAAAUCGGUCUUUUGGGCGUAACAAUGCUCAGAAGGAUCAUAAGUCCAUCGGGCAUUUUCGAUCUCUGUCAUGGAGUGUUUCGAGGUCAUGGUCAGCCGCUAAGCAGCUCCAAGCAAUUGGGAAUAACUUGGCAGCUCCAAAAGGAAAUGAAAUUGUGGCCACAAAUGGACUCUCAUUGGCACUCUUCACUAUGAGCUCUGUGUUAUUGUUUGUAAUGUGGGCACUUGUGGCCGCGAUCCCUUGCCAGGACCGUGGCCUUCAAACCCAUUUCUCCAUUCCCCGGCAUUACAUCUGGGCAGUUCCGAUUCUCUCCCUCCAUGAAAGGAUCUUGGAGGAGUCGAAGAAACGGGAACGUAGAAAUGCCUGUGGAUUGAUGAAGGAGAUUCAUCAGAUUGAGAAAUGUGCGCGUCACAUGAAUGAAUUGACUGAUUUUCAGUUUCCUUUGACGGAGGAAAAGCAAGGAGAUGUGAAGCAGAGGGUGGAGGAGCUAAGAGGAGUGUUUGAAGCAGUAAAGGAUGGAUUGGAUCCAUUGGAACGCCAGGUGAGGGAGGUGUUCCAUAGAAUUGUUCGAAGCAGAACUGAGGGUCUUGACUCCUUUGGAAGGGCAAUGCAACACGAUUGAUACAUCUAUCAAGUCCAUUUCCUAUGGACUCCAAAUGUAGAGCUUGCGAGUUUGUUCCGAGUCUUGACUUCAAAAGAACCAAUGAUUGAAGGCAACUUGCCAAUAAAUUUAGUGGUUUGAAGAGGUAAAGUUCUUGUAGUUAUGAUCAUAUAUUGUGUAAAGAAAUUAGGAUAUGCAAUUGGACCUUCAUUGUCCAUAUGCUUUUUGUCUGGCUUGUGUUGCUAGUGUACAAUCGAAAUUUUGAGUAAUUUUCCUUCUUGCUGAUGCAGCUAUACUUGUUUCGUAGUUGUGAAUAAAGUUUCCACCCAUGGUACAUAUUACUUUUGUCGAGAGUGAAUUGCUGUUGUACGUUUCGUAUUUGUAUUUGGGUUCUUAAUUCUGUAGAAAAAAAAUUUCCCCUUCUUAUGAUGUAACAUGAGUGCUCUGCUCUGUCUAUGGUUUCAUAUUUGUAUUUUGGUUCUUAAUUGGGUAA